CGACAAAACAAAAACACAAAAAAGCCCUCACAACAACACACAAAAAACACACCUGUUUUCUUCAACAUCACAUGCUCUUCCACAUUUAUCCUCACUUCAAUCUCCAAAUCUCUCUCCUUUUCUUCCUGGUCCUCUUGUAAUUUCCCUCAUUUUCGAUCCCAAUCUCCCCGCCUCCUCUGUUAAACUCCGGUGAUCCCGUCCGGUUAGGGUUUCUAUAGUUCGUGCUUUUAAAUAUUUGAAUCUUCACACUUUUAUUAUCAUUGUCAUCUAUCUCCACUCCACUAGGGUUUUGUUUUUUUUUAAUUUGUUAGGUUUGAGUCUCCGAUUUGGAGCUAGGGUUUUGAGAAAUUGAUUCAGAGUUCGAUUGCGAGGAAUUAGGGUUUCGUUUAGGGUUUUUAGAUUUUAGAUAUAGUGAUGACUCGGAGUUCAAGGCACAAAUCGAGUAAGAGGAGUUCAAGAGACGCGAGGGAUUACUCAGAUUCUGAGAAGGACUCCAGCUUGAAGGACCGGAAAGGGAAGGAUGAGGGCAGUAGUGUUAGGGUUUCGAAGGACUCGGGCGGCUCGGGUGAGAAACGGAAGCUCGAUUCGAAGGAGAGUAAGGACCUGUUUGUCUCAGGAAAUGUUGACUAUGAGGAAUAUAAUUCCUCCUCUAAGCGGCGGAAAGACCGUGCUGAGGACAGUGGGAAUGACAGGUGGAAUGGCGGCGGUGAGGAUGAUAGAACCGAGAGUGGUUCGAGGAAAUCCAAAGUUUCGAGUGAAACGAAGAGUAAGAGGAGAGAUGACGAUGAGCUGCAGAGGUCGAAGAGUGAGGGGAAGCACAGAGAAUCUAGUCGGAAGGAGAGUAGAGAAGUGGAGAGGGAGAGGGAGAGGGAGAGGAAGGGGAAGGAAGGGAAAAGUGAGAGAUUUGCUGAGAGUGAAGAGUAUAACAAGCAACUUGGUAUAAAUGAAAAAACUGAGUCAAAUGCUCAGGAUCGGUUACCAAGUCCUGAGUCAGAGAAUCAGCUGGAGAGACGAGUUAGGAGAAGGAAAGAUGGUUCUGGUGAUGGGGAUAAACAUGAUGUUGAUAUUGGAGACAUCAAUGAUAGACGGCGGGAUGAUGUUGCUAACGAUGGAAGAAUGAAAGAUGAGAAGCAUAAGGAUGAGAGAUAUAGGGAUAAGUUCCGGGAAGACGUGGACAGAGACAGCAGGCACCGAGAUGACAAGCAGAGAGAUGAACGCCCUGCCAGAGAUCAUACUAGUAGUAGGUCUGAUGAUAAGCACUUUAGGGAUGAAAAAGAUGCGACAGAAACUAGACAUAGGAAAUCUAAGCCACAGGACAGUGACCGUGAUCGAGAAGGUGAAUAUGACCAUGAUCGUGAUCAUGAUGAGCGUGAUCACUGCCGGGAGCGUGAUAGAGAGCAUGAUCAUGAUCAUGACCGUAAUCAUGAUCGUGAUCGCAAUCGUGAUCAUGAUGGAGACCGUGAAUGGGAUCGGGAGCGGAAUCGGGAACUGGAGCGAGAUCGAGAUCGUGACCGCCGUGACCGUGACCGUGACCGUGGCCGAGAUCGAGAGCGGGAACGAGAAAGAGAUCGAGACCGAGAUCGAAACCGUGAUCGUGAUCUUGACCAUGAUCGUGAUAGAGAUCUUGAUCAUGAUGGGUCACACCUUGAGGACCGGGGUUUCAAAUACAAAGAUAGCAGAGGAAAAAAGAGAUCCCCUGAUGAGCGUGAUGAUUCCAAUGAUACUAAAUCUAGAGGUAUCAAAACACACUAUCCUGACAUGGAAGGCAAAUCUUUGAGCAGCAGUAGACUUGAGUCAGAUGCAGAUAGGGGAAGGUCCCAGUCACGUCAAGCCUAUGUUGAUUCUACUGUAAGUAGCAACAGAAGGAGAACUUCUCCCAGCUCCAGUUCACAUGGUGGCGAUGAGUACAGACAUUCAAAGCAGGAAGAUCUGAAGUACAGAGAUUCCGUGACAGAACAAAGGCCAAAAGCAAUUUCCUCAAGGGAAGUAACUGGUUUUUCAGGAGUAUCAGAUAGAGGUUCUAAGUAUAGAUCGACUGAGAGAACCAGUAAAAUUGAUGAUGGCCAUUUGGGGGAGUUAUCGGUUGAGAGGUCUUCCAGUUCAAAAGCUUCACCCAUGGGCUUGAUAGAAAGAUCUCCUUCUUCGACAAGUCAUGAUCGCAGAUACGUGAACAGAACUGGUAUUAGGCGAAGUCUCGAUAUUGAAGAAACAGGACGGAGGAGCAGUAUUGGUCCCAGAGACUUGUCUGCUGGUGAGGAUAGGCUAAGUCGGGAAUUACCUUUGGAGAAACCUUUAGGGGAUGAUUCCUCCCAAAUUGAUCUGUAUUACAGUAGAACUGGUCAGAGCAAUUCAUCUUCUUCAUUGCCUCCCCCUCCUUUCAGGGGUGGAGUUGGCAGUCCUUCGUUUAUGGGUUCACUGGAAGAAGAUGGUAGAGUUAAUAUAAAUGCUCGUUACCGCAGGAGUGGUGAUCCCAGUGUAGGAAGAGGACAGGGAAAUGCAUGGAGGGGUGCCCCGAACUGGUCCUCGCCAGUACCUAAUGGUUUCAUGUUUCAACAUGGGCCACCUCAUGGAGGUUUUCCAGCAAUGAUGCCGCAGUUUCCUGCUCCAUCUCUGUUUACUGUCAGACCGUCAAUGGACAUCAAUCACUCUGGGAUUCCUUAUCAUAUGCCUGAUGCAGACAGGUUUUCUGGUCAUCUGCGCCCUCUUGGGUGGCAGAAUAUGAUGGAUGGGUCAGGGCCUCCUCACAUGCAUGGAUGGGAUGGAAAUAAUGGUGUUUUUAGGGAUGAACCUCACAUUUAUGGAGGGUCUGACUGGGACCAGAAUAGGCAUCCGAUGAAUGGACGAGGAUGGGAAACUGGUGCAGAUAUGUGGAAAGGUGAAAAUGGUGAUGUGAAUAUGGACUUGCCAUCAACAUCCCAGAAGGAGGAGCAACCUGUUCAGGCCCCUUCGGAUGAUGCUUUGGUUGAGCAGGCAGGUCAACAGACUCUGUAUGAAAAUAAUCAUCAUGGUGUUCAGGAGAAAACUGUUGAUACAAAAUCCAUUAGUUCUUCCAAAGAAUCUUCCAAAAUCUCACCUAAAACUUUCCACGAGAAGACAUCAGAUCCUUUUAAAAAACCAAGUGAGGAUAAUCUUGCUAAUAGUUGUCGUGCAUAUCUUGCUAAGAUUGACGUUUCGGAGGAACUUACUGCUCCAGACUUGUUUAGCAAAUGUAUGAGCUUACUUAACAUGGAUCAGACUGCAACUGUCGAAAAAGAAACCACUGUGAUUGUAAAUUUGAAGGAUGGUGGAAGAGCAGUUUCCAAAAGUUCCAAAGCUCUGUUAAGUCCUCCAUUUUUCCCUGCAGCGGAUGAUUCUGUUUUUCAGAGAGCCAUGGACCAAUACAAGAAACAGAGGGUACAGAUCAGUUGCCUGCAAAUUGUUAACGGUGGGACAGUAGAUAUCAUUUCAACAUGUAAUCCUGAGAAAGUGGGGCAAGGUUCUCCUUGCGAUGUGGAAAAGGCAGAGGAGUUGGUCUUGAUUUCUGAUACUGAAAUGUCUGAGGCACCAAUGCCAGCUUCGGAUCAAAAUAAACCCGAAGGUAUUCCACAUAAGGAUGUUCAGGAGACACUAGAGGAGCUGGUUUCAACUCCAUCUCAAGUAGUGGCUGAUCACAAUGAUGCACCUCCACUAAAUUUGGAAGUGCCUGAUCAAUCUCUUACACCUAAGAGCGUGGAAGAAUCUGAACCAGUUGUUAAUGGGGAUAAGAUGGAUGGGAUGACUUGUGAGCAGCAUAUGAUCUCAGAAGAUGCAGAUGGAGAUCAACUGCCAUCUCCUGAUAAUGCAUCUGCUGCAGCUCCCAUUGUGCCUGCUGACGGUAAUGAGAUAAUAAAUGAGAUAAGCAUCACAAAAAGCAAUAAUUCUGUCUGUACUGCCGAGGAAAGGCAGGCAUUAGCUGAUGCAAUUAGUGAUCCCAUAGUUUUAUCGGAUGGGUCUCCGAAAGUAUCUGAGGCUUUGAUGCCUGGUUCAAAUGAGUCUGAGUCGGUAAUUUUAAGUCGGAUACAUGAUUCUCCUGAAAGUACACAUUGAAACAAUUUCUAUAUCCAUGUUUCUUAAUGCAUUUUUGCUAAUUUUUGCUUCUUUUA